AUGUCUCCAGUUGCAUCUGUUCCUUCCAUAAACCCCAGCAGUAGCCUCAAGAGGAACUCAGGUGACAUUGGGUGGGACUAUGGAGUCCUGGUGGACCCUAACAACCUGAAUGUGAUCAAGUGCAAGUUCUGUGAUCUUGUUGUGAGGGUGGGGAUAUAUAGGUUGAAGCAAUAUGUCGGUGGGAUUCGUGGUGAGGUUAGACCUUGCCUCAAGGCACCGCCUAAGGCCAUAAACAAGUGCAAGAAAGUUGUUGAUGACUCGAAACAAGCUAAGAAGGCAAGGCAGGAGGAGAAGCAAGAUGUCAGGGAUGUUGUGAUCCUUGAUGAUGGUCCAGAUGUUGAAGAUACCACCAUCAAUAGAGAAGGGCUUGAUGAUGUUGGAGACUCGACACAGCGCAAGUUGGGGCCUAUGGAUAAGUUUACAUUGCCUAUGGAUUCUAGCUCAUUGAGCAACACAAAACUGGUGAGGCAACAAAGAAUCCCUGAAGCAUUAUGGAAAGAGAUAAUGCAUGCCUUGAAGAGAUAUAUUGCAAGAUGGGUGUAUGUGCACGAUAAUAAACUGGUCCAUUGCUCCAUUACUAAAAUAAAUGUUGUAAAUUUCUGGAGAAUGCCUUUCCAUGCCAUCAAUAAUGAAGAGUUUGACCAAUUGCUAGAAGCUGCUGGACGCUUUGGCCCUGGUGGACAGAAACCAAAUCAGCAUGAGCUGCGGGAGAAAUUAUUGUAUGAUGAAGUGGAGGACACAAAGAAAUUGUUGAAGCUACAAGAGCAAGAAUGGGCCAAAAAUGGGUGCUCCAUUAUGACUGAUGCAUGGACAGAUCAGAAGAGGAGAAGCAUAAUGAAUAUGUGUGUCAAUUGCAGCAUUGGUAUAACUUUUUUGGAAUCAAAUGAGGCCUCAGCUGAGUCCCAUACUGGAGAAUUCAUCUUUCACUUGUAUGAGAAGAAGAAUGAGCUAAGGGCAAUGUCUCAAAGUGAGGAAUGGGAGACAAUCAGUCAUGUCAAGAAGACCCCAAAAGGUGUGCAGGCCACAGCCACUUUGGUGAAACCUAAUUUUUGGGCUAGUGUUGCUCUUUGUUUGAGAGUAUUUGAGCCAUUGGUCAAAGUACUUCACAUGGUUGAUGGGGAUAUGAAGCCAUCAAUGGCUUUUCUUUAUGGAGAAAUUCUUAAGGCUAAGAAAGAGAUCAUGGUGGGCUUAGGGAAUAUUGACAAGGUUGGGACUCUCAAUCUAUACAACAAUAUCAUAGAAAUCAUUGAUGAGAAGAUGAAAGGCAGGUUGAAUAGUCCUUUGCACUUAGCUGCAUACUUCUUGAAUCCCUAUUAUAGCUACAAUGAUUCUUCCAUCUUUGGAGAAGAGGAAGUCAUGGAUGGGUUCUUUACAGCUGUUGAAACUUUUUAUCAUGCCAAGUGGUGGGAAAAUUAUGGAACACAAGUUCCAACUCUACAAAAGAUGGCUAUAAGGAUUCUCUCUUUGACUUCAAGUUCCUCGGACUGUGAAAGAAAUAGGAGCUGCUUUGAUGGGGUUCAUACCAGGAAGAGAAACAGGCUCACUUGUGAGAGAGUUGAGCAACUUAUCUACGUUCGCUUCAAUAACCUUCAUUCAAAGAAAAAGGCUAAGGCAAAAAAGAACAACAAAGUAGAUCCUCUAGUAGCAGCAAAUGCAACUUGUGCCCAAUGGUGGAUGGUUGAUGGUGGAGAUGACAACAACUCUGAUGUUGAUGCUGUUACAGGGUUAACAUGGCAACAAAUUGUAGAUACAUGUGGGCCUGAGGAGGUAACAAAACAGCGUAGGAGUGCAAGGUUGGCUCAGCCGAGACAGAUUGAAGAGGAUGUCCAAUCUGAACCUGAAGAGUUGCCAAAUGAGGAGGAAGAAAUCUAG